AUGGUGGAGAAGACUCCAAAAAGUGUGAAGCUUGCUCCUGGAGCAGUAGUGUGUGUAGAAAGUGAAAUCCAAGGAGAUGUAACCAUAGGACCCAGGACAGUGAUCCACCCGAAAGCACGAAUUAUUGCAGAAGCCGGGCCCAUAGUGAUUGGUGAGGGGAACCUAAUUGAAGAACGGGCUCUCAUCAUAAAUGCUCACCCUGAUAACAUCACCCCUGAUGCUGGAGAUGUUGAACCCAAACCUAUGAUCAUUGGAACCAACAAUGUGUUUGAAGUUGGCUGUUAUUUUCAUGCCAUGAAAAUGGGAGUUAAUAAUGUCAUUGAAUCAAAAGCGUAUGUAGGCACAAAUGUAAUAUUGACAAGUGGCUGCAUCAUUGGUGCCUGUUGCAGUCUGAACACCUUUGAAGUCAUCCCUGAGAACACAGUGAUCGACGGUGCCGACUGCCUCCGCCGGGUGCAGACUGAGCGACCACAGCCCCAGACACUACAGCUGGAUUUCCUGAUGAAAAUCUUGCCAAAUUACCACCAUUUAAAGAAGACUACAAAAGGAAGCUCAACUCCAGUUAAGAACUGAAAACAUGAUGACAUUUUGUCUUUGACCAGUCUUGUAAAGGGCCAUAGCAUAUAUGCAGUCUUAGCUCAUAGUAAUGCAUGUAGGCUUUGUUUUGUAAA